GCCGCAAUCAACAAUCUACCGUGACAGGGUCUGGUGACACGGAAUUCGUUGCCCAUCUUACGGUGAGCAGGAAUUCAGACAGAGAGACGGCGCCACAGGCACAGCACGCAAACACAGCGCGGGCUACAGUGCUACAAGCGGCAAUCGUUGGGCGCUGGGGCGCCUGUAAGCUAGCUAAAAGGAGCCCUUAAGCGAUCCCGUUUCGGGGUUGCCAAACCACUAAGAAGAACGACAGGCUGACGGUCUAAGCGUAACCCCAAUAGCCAAUCACGGAACCAGUAGAAGAAAAUUCAAACAGAAUACAAAAGCCAUAGGGAUAAAAACGGAACGGAACAUGAAAAACAAAAGGAAAAAUUCAAAAAAGAAUACAUAAAGGUACAUGGCUUCCGUUGCCGCCGUCUCCGUCUCUACAAGUCACUUCUAGCGCUUAGCCCGCUGUAAAGUGACCUGCCGUCACGGCGAGGCUCACUCGGCCCAAAAGUGGAUGCCGGCGUUUCGUAUGGCCCUGCCGUCCACCAGUAACCUGCCGACUUCACCGCCCGACGCUACCACACUGCAGCUGUGGCAGAAUUACUACUCGUCAGUUUGUGGUCGUCUUCCCACUCCCAUGUAGAUAUAGCGCCAAACUAUAACGCUUCUUGCACCAUUGGCUAUCAGCCUAUCGCAAUCUCUCUCCGUGUUCUUAUCGCUCCGGCUCGCCGCUUUUGCUUUUGGUAUUUUCCGCACAGCCUAGCGAGCCUCUCUUUGUAGCCCGCCCGACCGUUCUUUUCUCAGUUUGCUCGCACAGCUAGCUGCCUGUCGACAUCCCCCGCCCCUUUCGCCAUGGCUCCCGGCGCGUCGUCAGCGGCGCCAUCUGCACAGCCCGUGGCAUCGAAUACUGCUGCUGGGGAACGACCCAAGGAGGUUGUCAAUGAUCCUGCACGGACGGGCUUUGACCCGCAGAUGAAGUGGUGGAUGAACUACUUUCGUAUUCUGUCAGGCCAAAUGACUAACGAGGGCAUGUUCCACUACCGCGAAUGGCGGUACAAGGUGCACGAGGAACGAGACUGCAAACGAUGCGACGACUACCGCGAUUGGCUCUUCACAUAUUCCCCCGUUGUCCGUUUUCUUAACCAAAAGAUUGGCGAUCUCAAUGGCAAACUUGACGCCUCCAAUGUCGUAUGCAGGCGCUGUCCAGCCAGGCUAGAGGAAGAUGGGCAAGUCCACCGCCAAUCCGGAGGUUUCAGCCCAGACCACGGCAUUCUUCUCUGCGCCAACGAGGUCAGAGACCGCAAACAUCUUGAGGAUACUCUCGCCCACGAAAUGGUACACGCAUGGGACCACUUGCGAUGGAAGGUGGACUGGACUGGAGACAAGGACCUAAAGCAUGCAGCAUGCACAGAGAUUCGAGCAUCCAUGCUUAGCGGCGAAUGCAGAUGGACCCGCGAGGCCUUUACCCGAGGCAAGUGGAAGUUGACGCAGCAGUUCCAGAACUGUGUGCGCCUUCGAGCUACGCAGUCGGUUGCAGCCCGACCUAGAUGCAAGGACGAGGCCCAAGCGGCUCAAGUUAUUGAUCAGGUGUGGGAUUCAUGCUACUCAGACACCCGUCCCUUUGACGAGAUUUACCGGUGAAAAGGAAUAUCACCAUUGUAUUAUAUGCACGUCCUCGGAACUAGCAGCCCGAUAGUCUCCGCAUAUCCCCCUCCCCCGCAUGUACUUUUACAAGUCUUCAAUUUAAUGACGAUACCCAAAACAUGUAACACCAGAGUAGAACGAAUAGUAAUAAUGUUCCUUAUAUUC